CCGCUGGCCGUUGAUGAGCAAAAUUCGAAAAUUCGUGAGUGCGCGCGCGUUUCUUCUUUAAUUUUUAGAUUAGAGUGCACGGGGUUCGAUUUCUUUAAUUUCGUUGUGUAUUAUUUGCCUUUAACAUUUCUAUUGUUCACUCAUAUUGAACAUGCCUCCUUUCCUCCUUGUACGCAUUCGAUCUGACCUAUAGAUAAAUCAAACCGAAAAAAAUUGUCAAUGGGCAAAACAACAAAACAGCACAACCACCCGUAUAAGAUGGUAAUAAACGAAAACUGAAAAAUGUACAUCAUCAACAAAAUCUAAUAAAAUAAGAACAACAACAUCGAGAAUUCAAGAAUUUGCCCGUAUGCCGAUGAAGUUUUUGUUGUUGUUUGAGUAUGUGAGCGUAUGUUAAAAACACUGCUGUUGAGAAUACUACCUACGGCGAAAGUAAUGCGAAAACAAAUAAUAACAACAACAACCAAUGUUAAUAAAACAAAAUAGCUAGCAGUCAGUCGGUAUUCAGUGUUCAUUCAAAUAGUCGAAUAGAAUCAGGUGAAAAAUUAUUUUAAUUUGUGAAAACGAAUACAAAAACAAAAAAUAGUCGCAAACAGACCUAGGAAAUCUAUGUUAAUUAAGUGCAAAAUGUUCAAAACAAACAACAAAAGAUGCUAAGGCCAUCCCAGGGGGCACUGGCUGGCUUGUGAGAGAGAGCAAACACAGAACUGCAAAACACACAACGAAAACCUUAAAAUGUAGCUAACAACAAUAACAAAUUUAAUUCAAUUCAAUUAAUUAAUGAAGUAUAGAAAAUAGUCGAGAGAAAAGCGAAAAAAACAAAACAAAAAAAAUACAUCUGCAACAAUAAAGGAAAUGAGUUAAGAAAAAAGCAAAAGAAAAAAUAAUAGUCAUCAUCCUUAUUUGCAUAUUGUGUAAAGCAAAAAAUCAUUAAUGCGAUAUUUUUAUUUUCAAUAGUUUGAGUGAAUUUGUGUAAAUCGAAAACAACGGAAUAAUGGAAAGUCAAAAAGAAUAAAUCAUUAAUAACUUGUUUGAAUGGCAUAAAAUUACCUAUGUUCAUAGCGGAUAUAUGCACACACACACACAAAAGCGAAUUUCUUCGAAUGCAAAUUCUCCCCCAAUGGCUAAGUAAUGGCUUAGAAAGCAAAAACAAAAAAUAACGAAGCACAACAAAAGAAUUAAACUCAGCAGCAGUUUGAAGCCCAGGCCAAGUGGCCGAACAACAGCAACCUACCACAAAAGUAUGCAAAAUUACAUCUAAGCCAAGUAACAGCUGCCUCGCGAUAAGUAAACUACACAGAGCUCAAACAUUCCUACAGCCGGCCGUUAGCCAUAGCCGCAUUUCGGAACCCCUAGUUAACGUUAAUGUUAACAUUUUAUUUUCAUUUUUCUUUUGCGCUUCUGGACCGGCUAUACAUAUUGCAGAACUUGUUUCUUGUUUCUCUCCUUAAGCCAAGUUAAGCACAAAAUUCUGUGAGACCACACAAAAGGGAAAAAGGCGAAAAACAAGAAAAUAACAAAAAAGAAGAAACUUCCAAGUUCGCCAAAAACGUGAACAGCGAAGCGGCAUAAAUAAAGGCACAGACGGUCACAAAGUGACUUCCCAAGAGGCACCUAAAAUAACAACAGAACAGCCACAACAACAACAAGGACAAAUAUGACAACCUCACAAGCGGACAUAAACACAAACUCAAAUAGUUCAACGACUACUGCCACAGCCAAUAACGGCGGCGGCAUGAACUGUGUGGACAAUGUGGGAGGUGGUGGUGGCGGCGGUUUAGUUGGUACUGGCGGCACUUCCAACAAAUCUGUGAACAAUAACAAUGGCUCGAACAUGGGCAACAAUGCUACCCUCAGUGAAAUGGGCAAACGUAAAAAACUGAAAUCUCGCAAUAGUCCAGCCACAACAUUGCCAGCAUCUAUUUUGAAUAGCGGCAUCGGUGGUGGAGGUGGCGGUUACUCCAAGGAUCAUUUGGAUGCCUGGCUGGAGACUUGCCUGAAAGAUGCCUCGGCCACCCAGUUAUCUUCAUCAUCAGAAUUUUUAGAUUAUAAUCCUACAAACACAGCAACGGUAACAACUUCAACAUCCAUGUCAGCCAAUAAUUUAAAUCAGAAGAAUCUCUUCUCGUUGCCGCAAAUGCAGCAGCAGCAAUCCGUCUUCAAUAUGGCCAAUAUGAGUCAACAACAACAACAACAGCAAUCGCUGAAUAAUCAACAGCAGCAAUUUGCCAUGCGAACAACAAAUCCCAUGAACAGCAGCAGUCUGCCAAAUAGCAAUAGUAGUUUUAAUUUCCCCUUUAGUCAAGGUUAUCAAAGACCUAUGCCAAACUUUAUGAAGCCCUCCUCUGCAAGUUCAUUUAGUAAUCGUUAUUCCAUGAUGUUUCCUUCCAUUGGCACUGGUGGUAACGGUGGCGGCUAUUAUCCACAAAACGAUGGCUCCCAAGAUUUUGCCAGCCUACCACCCAUGGUUAAUAUAAUGGGAGGAAGUGGUGGCAAUUCUUCCGAACAUGAAAAUAAUUCCACAGAUGUUUUAGAUGGCAGUGCCAGUAAUCCUAACAUAAGUCGAGGUUUUAGAUUUAGCGAUCCAUGUUUAUUGAAUCCUUCGGAUAAUGAUUCAAAAGUUAGUGGCCAAAAUACUCCCGAUCGUCGCAAUAAUCUACCCAAUGAUAUGGAUCAAAAUAAUAAAUUCUUCAAUGUUCUCAUGGAACAGAUACAACUAUUGCAUGAGACCAACACAAAAAUAUGUCGCGAUUUACAUGAGGCAAAAGGUGCUUAUACGCCAGGCAUUAUGACCGAUGUGGUAAGAGAAGUGAAAGAGGCGGCAAGAGUACGCGAGGAUGCUCUUUUGAAUCGUGUUAAGGCUUUGGUCGAAGAACGUCAAUGGUCCAUGAAUGAAUCAAACUUACGCAUGAUGAGAGAUAUUGAGGAAUUAAAGUCACAAGUUCAUCAUUUGCGCUCUGAUCGCAAGGAAACCAAUAAACGUCUUAACCAUUUGGAGGCUGAGAAUAAAUACAUGCGCCAAAUGUUGGCUGCUCUAUAUCACAAUCGCAAUGCUGUCCCCGAUAUCAUUUAUGAAAACGAAACUUUACGCCCUCGAAAAUCUUUUGGGCAUCAUUCACGUCGUAAUCAACCUACUUUAAACUUACACUACGGCACUGUGCAUCAUCAGACGCAGGCCACUUCGUCACUAGACGAGCAAGAGGAGGAACCUUUGCACAUUGUAGAAACACCCUCCACCACAUCGACGGCGGACAUUGCCCACAUAAACAAUCAAAGGCCUCCGGAUAUGCGGCAUUCCUUUUCUAGCUCGGAUGGUGGCAGCAUAAAUGGUGCCACUACCACAACUUCAGGAAAAAUUUCCGGGCCCAUUAUGUCUCCGCCCAAUUUUGCAUUGAUUUCCUCUGCUUCUGAUGAGGCGGCAGCAAAACGCAAAAAAGAAAAGACCACAAAGAAAUUGUCAUCGGAUGAAAAUGAUGCAGCAGUUUCGGAGUUGCCGGUAAUAACCAAUGUCACUUCACAUGAUCUACGACGCGAGUUAAACGACGCUGUGGCUGCCCGCCAAGAUGCGGACGAUCGUAUUAUAGCUCUUGAGAAAUUGGUUAAAACUCUGCAAGUAAAUUCAACUCAUCCCCCAUCCUCCAUGGCUACCACCACCAAUACCAAUAUCACCACCACCUCAACUUCCACCAAUACCACUACUACUAGCAAUAUAGAAAGUCAACAUAGAAAACCACAUCAUCAACAACAUCAUUUGGCCAAUGGUGAUGGUGGUGGCGUUCAUAGUAGAACCAAAAGUAGUCAUACUAGUGGAGUAACCAGUGGUGGUGGACUUAACAAAACUAAUAAACGUACCGGAAGUAGCACAACAACAGCAACAUCCUCCCAUGCUACCGGUAGAAAUAAAUGGACAAAUCAACAGCAGCAGCACCAUCAAAACAGUGCAUCCUCAACGGCCCAUAGUUCACCCGUUAAAAUGAGUGUUGCUGGACCCAUAACGGAUUUAUAGUUCGAAACUCCCAGAACUCCUAUAAGGAAACCGCCACGCAAGAAAAAGCCUGGCAUACGAAUAUCACAUUUUUGAAGGAAUGAUUAAAUUGGGUAAUGAUGAUAUGGGUUCUCUUUUGGACUUCCCCCCCUUCAUCUCUAGUGAAAUGAAUAACGAAGCAACGAACGAACAAAUACACGAAAGGAUAUUUUAUUCGUAUAUGGUAUUAAAGAAAGUGAGAUAUAAGUGUUGUAACACAAUUGUUAUUAACAAUUAAUAAGUAUGUAGUUAUCAGUGAACCUUAUUGUUACUACAAUGGUGUCUAUGCGUAUUUGUUUUUUGUUUUAUCAGUUUAAAUAUUGGAUAAUACAUCUUCUGAAUCUAACAAAUCUUCUAUUUGUCAUUUGAAUACUUUUUCAAUAAAUGGAUUCAAUUCUUUUGAAGAUCAAUAGUGAAAUAGUUUUUUUUACGAUUUAAGUCCUUUCUAAACAGAGAAAAUUGCAGUAACAUUAUAAUAUUAUGAUUGAAACCCUGUUUAAUUCAUUUUGAAUUCAAAUGAUAUUGUAUAGAAAACCUUUUAAUUUGAAGUUGAAGAUGUGUUACUUACAUCUUACAGUAUCCCAUGUUUAUCAGAUGUUUUGUAUUAUCUUAUAUUUCCUAGGUUUUUGUUAUCUCUGAAAAUUUUAACUAAUAUUUCACAAUGUAAAAGUAAUGAUUAAUCAAUGUUAACAACAAGCCCUUAUUCUUACACAACCAUUAAGCAACAUGCAAUAAUUCCAGUACCGCCCUUUAAAUAUCAGCAAUAGACUUUUGAAACAACUUAAAA